AUGUCAUUUGAAAAAGUUCAUGCCCGUUACGUUUAUGAUUCUCGUGGUAAUCCAACAGUUGAAGUUGAAGUAACUACUUCAAAAGGUUUAUUCAGAUCAAUUGUUCCAAGUGGGGCAUCAACAGGUGUUUCUGAAGCUGUUGAAUUAAGAGAUGGUGAUAAAUCUAAGUGGUUAGGUAAAGGUGUUACUAAAGCUGUUGACAAUGUCAAUUCUAUUAUCGGACCAAAAUUGAUUGAAUCAGGAAUUUCUGUCACCGACCAAGAAAAGAUUGAUAAGUUCAUAAUUGAUUUAGAUGGGACCCCAAAUAAAGCUAAAUUGGGUGCCAAUGCCUUAUUAGGUGUUUCACUUGCAGCAGCAAAAGCCGGGGCUGCUGAAUCAGGUUUACCGUUAUACAAAUAUAUUGCAAAAAUUGCUGAUUCGAACACUGAUUCUUUUGUUUUACCUGUGCCAUUCCAAAACGUUUUAAAUGGUGGAUCCCAUGCUGGUGGUAAACUAGCCUUCCAAGAAUUCAUGAUUGCUCCUACCAAUGCUCCAACAUUUUCUGAUGCUUUAAGAAUUGGUGCCGAGGUGUAUCAUAAUUUAAAAUCUUUAGCUAAGAAGAAAUAUGGUCAAAGUGCUGGUAACGUUGGUGACGAAGGUGGUGUUGCCCCAGAUAUUGCUACUGCAAAAGAAGCUUUGGAUUUAAUUGUUGAUGCCAUCUCCAAAGCUGGUUACACUGACGAAGUUAAAAUCGCCAUGGAUGUUGCUUCUUCAGAAUUUUACAAAGAUGGGAAAUAUGAUUUGGAUUUCAAAAAUCCUGAUUCUGAUCCAGCUAAAUGGGUUACUGGUGAACAAUUAGCAGCAUUAUAUGAAGAAUUAAUUACUGAGUACCCAAUCAUUUCUAUUGAAGAUCCUUUUGCUGAAGAUGAUUGGGAAGCUUGGUCAAACUUAUAUCCUAAAUUAGCAUCAAAGAUUCAACUCGUAGCCGAUGACUUAACUGUUACCAAUCCAAUCUUCAUCCAAAAAGCAAUUGAUUCCAAAGCUGCUAAUGCUUUAUUAUUGAAAGUCAAUCAAAUCGGUACUUUAACCGAAUCUAUCAAUGCUGCCAAGUUAUCCUUCUCUGAUGAUUGGGGUGUCAUGGUCUCCCAUAGAUCUGGUGAAACCGAAGAUACCUUCAUUGCUGAUUUAGUCGUUGGUUUGAGAACUGGUCAAAUCAAAACUGGUGCUCCAGCUAGAUCUGAAAGAUUAGCAAAAUUGAAUCAAAUCUUAAGAAUCGAAGAAGAGCUUGGUGACAAAGCUAUUUAUGCUGGUGCCAAAUUCCACAACGCUCAAAACUUAUAG